AUGGAGGCCGUCUUCGAAAAGAUCGCACAUGAAACGACCACAUUCAACCUUGGCGAUGAGGAGAAAUGGAGACUUCUAUAUGAGCCAUUCUAUACCGCACCACCCAAAAACGUCGCCGUGGUGAGGGACGUGAGCUAUGGACCUGCUGAGCGAAACCGUCUAGACGUAUUUUAUCCUUUGGAUAGAGACGGCGACGAUAAAGGGAAACAGACAGACAGGCCGGUUUUACUAUUCGUGCACGGUGGAGGAUUCUUCUCAGGUGAUAAGGGGUGGAGUGAAAAGUGCUGGGCCAAUAUCGGUUACUUCUUCGCACAACAUGGAGUGGUAGCAGUUAUUGCAAACCACCAACUCGUGCCUCACGUCGCAUAUCCCGGAGGAGCAGACGACAUGCAACGAGUCCGGGAAUGGAUUUUUCGCAACAUCGCUUCGGACAAGUACGGCGGAGGGUCAGUCGACAAAGUGAUUUUGCUUGGGCAUUCCUCGGGAGGAGCGCAUAUUGCUAUGAACUUGUAUGCAGCUGGAGACCCGAAUCGAGUACCAAAACAAGAAGUCUUCCCACCGGUCGCUGGCGUCAUAUAUCUCAGUGUGCCAUUCUGGUAUGAUCGCAGAAAGCCGAUUCGACAGAGAGUGAUUCGGCAGUAUUAUGGCUCGGAUGCUGAGGAGGUUUGGGGUCCUUUGUCGGCACUCGGUCUAUUUAAAAAGCUUCCAGAUGACUCCGUUUUAUUAGACUCUGACAAGAUACCUGUUUAUGUUGGCUCGGUCAAAUGGGAGGUAAAAGAAACUGCAGAUGCAACCAUCGCGUUUUUCAAUGAGUACCGCGAACGCAGCAAGCCCGUGGGAACGUUGCCUCUGUUAGACGUUCUGGAUAAACACAAUCACAUUAGCAAUGUCUUGUCGAUUGGAACCGUAGACAUUGACCAGGCCGAAAAGCUUCUUGACUUCGUUCGGUCCUGUGUUGCAAAUGUAGAGAAAAGGAAAAGUGGUAGGUCUGGUUCGGGGCCAGAUACAAGCUCGGUUGUAAAGGAGUAA